AGAGACAGACCCACGCGACAAACAUGAGGAGCGCAGCCAAGCCCUGGAGUCCAGUCACCAAAGUGGGGAGCCAUGGGAGUGACCGCGCGCGGCCCCUUCCCACAGCCUCCUCUGGCAUGAAGAGUUCUAAGUCUUCAACCUCGCUGGCGUGUGAGUCCCAGCUCAGCAAGCUCAAGAGGGCCAGCAGCGAGGACAUGCUCAACAAGCCGGGAAGUACCACCGCUUCCGCGGUAGUUCGACUGAAAAAGACUUCGACAGCCGGAACCAUCUCCGAGCUCACUGAGAGCCGCCUGAGGAGCCACCCAGGGUCUGCGACAACAACCAAACGGACAGGCAUUCCAGCUCCUCGAGAACUUUCGGCAACUAUCUCAAGAGAGAGAACUGUGCCACGUGGUCCCAUCAACCCAAAGAAAUCGGUGUCUAGUCCAACUUCUUCCAGCACACCCACCCCUACCAAGCACCAGAGGACCACUUCCACAAGACCCAGGCCAGAGAAUGAAGGGGGAGAAAAGGCUGUGCUCGAGUCCCAAGUUCGGGAGCUUUUGGCAGAGGCCAAAGCAAAAGAUAGUGAAAUUAACAGGCUUCGAAGUGAACUAAAGAAAUGCAGAGAGAAAAGGACUCUGAACACUGCAGGAACCGACACUUUGGACCCAAAGAUGGAUGGAACAUCAGUCUCAGCAGGUGACUCUGAACCGUUGAUACAAGCUCUUGAGGAGAAGAACAAGAAUUUCCAGAAAGAGCUUGCUGAUCUAGAGGAAGAAAACCGGGCCUUGAAAGAGAAACUGCGUUAUUUUGAGCAUUCACCAAAUUCAGAAGCGGGGUCCAGUCACACUGCUGAUAGCAGCUGUCCCACAUCGCUCACCCAAGAGUCAAGCUUCGGAAGCCCGACUGGGAAUCAGGUGUCAGGUGAAGUAGAUGAAUAUAAAAAACACGCCCCCCAAAACGUAUUACGGACGUCGGGCUCUUCAAGCAGCGAUGUUACCAAAGCUUCUUUGUCACCGGAUGCCUCCGAUUUUGAGCACAUCACAGCAGACACCCCCUCUCGGCCCCUGUCUUCCACGAGCAACCCCUUUAAGAGUUCGAAGUGUUCUACCACUGGGAGUUCCCCUAACAACGCGAGUGAACUGUCCCUGGCUUCCCUUACGGAGAAGAUACAAAAGAUGGAAGAAAACCAUCAUAGCACAGCAGAAGAACUGCAGGCUACUUUACAGGAAUUAUCAGACCAGCAACAAAUGGUGCAGGAAUUAACAGCUGAAAAUGAGAAGCUGGUGGAUGAGAAGACGAUUUUGGAAACUUCCUUUCAUCAGCAUCGGGAGAGGGCAGAGCAGCUCAGUCAUGAGAAUGAGAAGCUGAUAAAUCUCCUACAAGAGCGAGUGAAGAAGGAGGAGCCCGGCACGCAAGAAGGAAAGGUCCUGGAGCUGGAGCAGAAGUGCACGGAAAUCCUGGAGCAGGGCCGCUGCGAACGGGAGAAACUGCUCAGCAUUCAGCAGCAGCUGACCUGCAGCCUGCGGAAGGCCGAGGAGGAAAAUCAAGGGGCUGUAGAGAUGAUCCAACACCUGAAGGAAGAGAAGGAAAAACUGAAUGGGCUUCUAGAACUGGAACGGCAGAACAGUAGUGUGAUGGCCCAAACUCUGGAAGAGUGUACAGUUACCUUGGAAGGGCUGAAGAUUGAAAAUGGGUCUUUGAAGGCUUAUUUGGAGAAUGAGAAGCAAAAAGCUAUAGAGACCAGUUCUAUGGGGCAGACGGCAGAGGGCUGUGAAAUUCAAGAAAUGUUGAAAGUAGCUCGAGCUGAGAAAGACCAGCUGGAACUGUCUUGCACUGAGCUCAAACAAGAAUUACUAAAGGCACAUGGUGAAAUUAAACAUGUUUCAAGUCUACUAGCCAAGGUGGAGAAGGAUUAUUCUUACUUGAAGGAGAUAUGUGAUCAUCAAGCAGAACAGCUGAGCAGAACCAGCCUAAAACUACAAGAGAAAGCGUCAGAGAGUGAUGCAGAGAUUAAAGACAUGAAGGAAACCAUAUUUGAAUUGGAAGAUCAGGUGGAACAGCAUCGAGCUGUCAAGUUACAUAAUAAUCAGCUCAUCAGUGAGCUAGAAAGCAGUGUGAUGAAGCUGGAGGAACAGAAAGCAGACCUGGAGAGGCAGCUAAAGGCUCUGACUAAGCAGAUAAAGGAGGAAACCGAGGAGUGGAGGCGCUUCCAGGCGGACCUGCAGACGGCGGUGGUGGUGGCCAAUGACAUCAAGUGUGAGGCCCAGCAGGAGCUGCGCGCUGUGAAGAGGAGGCUGCUGGAGGAAGAGGAGAAGAACGCGAGGCUGCAGAAGGAGCUGGGGGACAUGCAGGGCCACGGCAGACCUGUGCGUGCGGAGUCGGAGCCCGAGGCUGAUGCCCCCGGCCGCUGGCCCGGCAUCUUUGCCAGCAGAGCCUCCGCAGCGUCUUUGGAGCCCACGACCACCGUGAAGUCCCUUAUCAAGUCCUUUGACUUGGGACACCCAGGUGGAGCUGGACAGAAUGUUUCUGUCCAUAAGCCCCCCAGAAGCCCCUUGAGCGGAAUACCAGUGAGGACGGCCCCAGCGGCCGCUGUUUCUCCAAUGCAGAGGCACUCAACCUACAGCGGCGUUCGCCCAGCCAGCAAAGGAGUGGCCCAGCGCUUGGACCUUCCCGACCUGCCCCUCUCAGGUCUUCUAAAGGGAAGAGCUGACGACCUGAAGCCAGACCCUUACCUCCGCAAGAGCCCCUCCCUGGAGUCGCUGAGCAGGCCCCCGGCCCUGGGCUUCGGAAGCACGAGGCUGCUGAGCACGUCCACCGGGGGCUUGAGGCCACACAGCAAACUCAGUGUGGAAAGGAGAGACCCUCUGGCUGCGCUGGCCCGGGAGUACGGCGGCUCGAAGCGCAAUGCUCUGCUGAAAUGGUGCCAGAAGAAGACAGAAGGCUACGCGCACAUCGACAUCACCAACUUCAGCAGCAGCUGGAGCGACGGCCUGGCCUUCUGCGCGCUCCUCCACACCUACCUGCCUGCCCACAUCCCGUACCAGGAGCUGAGCAGUCAGGAGAAGAAAAGGAAUCUCUUGUUGGCAUUUGAAGCAGCUGAAAGUGUAGGCAUUAAGCCCAGCCUGGAGCUCAGCGAGAUGCUGCACACAGACCGGCCGGACUGGCAGAGCGUCAUGCAGUACGUCGCCCAGAUCUACAAGUACUUCGAGACCUAAGCCUGCGGGGCCCGCCAGCCGCCACCUGCCAUCGUCCUGGAAGCCCCGGUCACUCCACAGGCCCUGCUCUCACGGCCACGGCCUGGCCGCUGGGUUUCAAAGGAAGGUUCCAUCCAGGGGCCCAGCUGACAAAUGAGACAGAGCUGGCUCCACCGCGCACCCACCUUGAACUGAGAUGCAUUGGGGUGUGAGUUGGGGAAGCUUUGCUCUCCCAGGGCCUCCCUCCUUCCAGACCCAGGAGACCCCAGGGUGGCAUGUGCAGCUGUGUGGCCUCCCCUGGAGCCGCCCUGAGAUUGACAGGGACAACCGGCACUUCCUGCCAGUCCCCUCGUUACCAGCGUCUCGGCUUUGGCCUUUAAAAAACCUUGCCCUUCUACCCACCCACUCCCUCCAAAAACAGCCAACAAAAGAUAAGCAUUUGCAGCCUGGAACACGUGAACCCUGCCGUCUGGGGUACGCUAUGGUCUAGGUAUCAGCGGCACAGCUAGGCCUUGGUCACAGUUUGAGACCACUGUCCUGCACAUGCUGUGUGGAUGGAAGACGGGCAUGGGAGAAUGAGAAGGAGCCCCUGGGUAGUUCGCUUCACUGUCCCUGUGGGGGCCUCCAGGUGGGCUCUGGCUCUCCCGGGCGGCGGUGCAGGUGGGAGCCUGGCUCUCCCGGGCGGCGGUGCAGGUGGGAGCCUGGCUCUCCCGGGCGGCGGUGCAGGUGGGAGCCUGGCUCUCCCGGGCGGCGGUGCAGGUGGGAGCCUGGCUCUCCGGGCGGCGGUGCAGGUGGGAGCCUGGCUCUCCCGGGCGGCGGUGCAGGUGGGAGCCUGGCUCUCCCGGGCGGCUGUGCAGGUGGGAGCCUGGCUCUCCCGGGCGGCGGUGCAGGUGGGAGCCUGGCUCUCCCGGGCGGCGGUGCAGGUGGGAGCCUGGCUCUCUGGGCGGCGGUGCUGGGACUGGGUCACUCGCAGCUGCCUGUGCUCAUACCGAAGGGAAGCUGCAGUGACUUCACCUCCUCCAUCUGUCCUCCCAUUUGCUCCACUCCCAUUCUCGCCCACACAUGCUUGUCCCAUGUGCAGAAUUGACCGACAGGAAGCCACCCGUGUGAAAUCCCUGUGUCUGCUGGGGUUGGGGGUAUUUGUGCACUGAAACAGCCUACGGGUGUAUUUCUUGGGAUACUGGGCAGACAGCAAAUUUAAACAUUUCAACUUUAGGCUUGUUUAGCAUUUAGUACUUCGGCUGGGCUUCGUGUUCGCCUGGCAGCAAGGGUGGGCAGAGGCGGAAACGCAGUUUCUCUGCUCUUCUGGGCUCACUCCACGUGACAGCAGAGCCCCCUCGAGCGGCCCCAUUCGCCUGGGAGUUACGCUGAGCAGGUAGCCACCGGUGGUUCUUCGGUGUUCCUGGCGGCAAAUAAAGGCACAUUGCAUGGCAAGUGGGGUGCGGUGCACAUAAGUAAAUCGGGGUGAAUUCAUCAGUGCCCUUCACUUGCUAAUGAAGGUGCCCAUAGCUGUGUUAGUGCCCCCAGACAAGGGUCAUUGUCACAGGUCACUGGGUGUUACAGCAGCGCUCUCCCUGCUUACGUCAAUCUCAUGGUGGGCGCUGUCCCAGCCAGGCCGGAGGCUCCAGGCCCAGCUCUGUCCUGGGAGAGGCGAGUUCGCCCUCCCUCCAGGCCACCCGGCAGGCCCGCCCGCCCUCCGCGCUGUGGAGGUUCCGGGGCGCUGGGGAGCGCCUGGCCUGCCCAUCAAGUGUGGGGCCAGCAUGUUGUCUGAAUCCCUGAGCCAGAGAGAGCGGCUUCGUGGCCACAUGGGGCCUGGCAGGUGCUGCUGCUGCUUUCACAUCUGGCCCUUGCUGUCCAGUGGAGGCGGAGGUGCCGUCCGAAUAAGUCCCCUCCUCCUUGAAUGAGCAAGUGAAAGCGGGACACUUGCCUCUCCCACUGCUUCUGCCUGCUCACCACCGCUGUGGGGGCGGAGCCCGGGCGGGUGAGCUGCUGCUGGCUCAUCACCUCGAGGCUUAGUGCAGGAGAGACCCUGAGGCCUUGGGAUGGGAGGGGGGUCAGCACCGUCAGCGCCUGGUGCAGUGACUUCCGUGGUGAUUCAGCACAGGCUCUGGGCAGAGUGGGGGGGGGGGUGCCCUUUCCCCUCCUUCCAUGCCGGUCCCGCUCCCUGCAGGUUAGAAAGAGGGGGAAUGUCAUACAGAAGGAAGACCAUGUGCCAACUUAUUUUUAUAAUUCAAGGAAGUUCCUUUACCACCAUUUUGUUGCUGGUGGGCACGCGUGGAGGGGCGCGUGUGUCCUGUCGGACAGCACAGUGGCUGAGCAGGUCUGGCGCUGGGGGCCAGGCUGGCCGCACUGCAGGGUCUGGGGAGAAGCUGUCCCAGCCGGGGCUGAGCCACAGAACAGGGUUUUUAAGUGUGUUUUUAGUUGGAGAGCUCAGAGCACAAGGGGAAUGUGGGAAAUAGAUAAAUAGAAAGCGAGGCGGCAUCAGCGAGUUGUGUCAUUUCGUUUCCUGUCCUGAGGUUUUCAGAGGCUACAACAGCCAUGUUUCUCCCAUCUUCCUUCAGCCACUGCUCAGUCGUUUAAAAGUACUUGGUGGUUCUGCAGACCCUAUUUUUAAGUAUUAUUUUUAUAUAAAAAGCACGUGCGAUAUGCAAGACCCAUAAGAGCAGGCGGGGUUUUUAAAAGACAUAGAAGUCUGGUCUCUGCACCAGGGUGGUGUCGUGCCUUGAACUGUGGUUGGUCUCCGGCACUGCCGAGCCUUGCCGCCCGGGGUAGCGUCCUGGGGAACCGCACACGCACACUCCCCCACCCGGGCCCCCCUCACUGUAGAAAGGGGCGCAGCCUCGGCAUUCCUUCUCCAUCUGUUGUUGUUCACAGCUUUUGUUGGUGCGCAGGUGUUACACAAAGUGCACUUCCCACGGCGCUUAGCCGCCUGGCGUCGCAAGGGUUCUCAGCCGGCCUCUUCCCCGCUGAGGGGGGUGCGGCGAUGGAGGGUUCGGGCCUGUGAAAACCCCUCUGCCAAAUGCAGCCCCAGUUCUUCCCCUCCCAGAGCGGAGCCAUUUGAGACGACUGCCAGGACAUGCAGUAGAAGUGUGACCUGGCUGCCUUUUCACUAGUGAGUGUGUUUUUAAUAUCCCAGAAGCCCGAGUUCGCUGGAGGUCGCCUCCCUGACCCGGUUAGAGUUGCUGAGGCCCUGAGUGCUCACUGAGUUAACGACGGGAGUUGGAUGCAGCGGACACACCUGUGGCUUUGUUGCUGCACAAGCUCACCAGGUGGUCCGAGCGUCCUCAGGGCAGGCCAGGCCAGCAGAGCUGGGUGCACGAUUAACUGAAAGUGUAUGAUAUAUGACUAAUAUUUCUAAUAAAUAUAUUUUGUUUCUGUCUGAUUA